AUGGAGUCGGACGACGAAGUGAUAACUUGCGAUGGACGGAGUGCGCUUCCUUCCUUAGCAGCGUACUCAGACGUUUCGGAGCAUGUUGAACCGCUCAUCAGAUCGAAAGCUCUCCGUUUAUACGAAGACCUGUUUUUGGCCUGCUCGGAGUGUCCGGAUAGGUUUCCUUUCAACAUCGCGAUGGGCCUUCACGACUUGUAUGUUUCGAUUUUUCGGGCUCUAGCGGAAACAGCCUCGGAUCCAGGAGACUCUAGCGAACUCGGGAAAUUACUUGCAGACCUGAGGUCUCAGCGUAAUCUCUGGCUCUUAUUGCACAUCAUGGACAACGCUGAUUGUGAAGCUCGUAGAACAGUUUCUCAAAAACGUAUGUCGCCCAUGUGCACUCGGAGAGAGCGUCCUGCUGCUAUCGACCAGCUCUCACGACAGAUCUCGAUUGAUGGAAGCGGGUUCCUACCAAAUCCGCUCGAAACGCUCCCCAUGGUCACUUCCUGUCGUCGAGUGCUGGAGUGGCUGGAGCGUACGUCUGCACUGGACCUCGACUCCUCCAUGGGGGCACACUAUGCUGCACUGGCUGAGCUGGGAAGUCUGUGGGAUCCGUCAUAUCGCUGGGGGCUCUCCCUGACCAACGGCACUGCAUUUGACAUGGACGCUCCGUUUCGUGGUGAUCUGCGGCUAGCUGAUGAGGAUUUAGAGGCCGAUGAGCGAAUCUGCCGGGCUUGCUUUGGCCUUCUCCGCUGCGGUCGACUAGAGCAUGCUCUAGAGCUGCUGCGACGCACUGGUCAGCACUGGAGGGCGGCGCUUUUCCAGGGAGGCCAUUCUGCAGCCCUGGAAGCGGCCGACGGAUCAGAUGGUUCGCACUGGAUUCUUUGGCGAAAGAUGGCUCGUGACAUCUCGAAGCUGGAUGUGCAGAACUUUUGGGAGCGUUCAAUACUCUGCCUGCUCUCGGGAGGAGCGGUGCCAGUAUCUCUGCUUGACGCACCAUCCAUGGAGGAUCGGUUAUGGGUUCGACUUUGGAGCCUUUUAGAUGAAUUCAUCGGAAGUCGAUUGGCCAUCCUGUUGCGAGCCAGUACCAACCAAAGCACGUACUUGGAAUCUCAGAAGCCGUCGAGCAUUACAUCAUCCGAGGAGACAAUUUUUUCAACUGCUUCGGACAUUCCAAACGAAAGUUUGUUUAAGGCUAUCAAGGAAAGUGGGACUCGGGCAGACUCAUCAAGGGCCGCGCAGCUUUUCGCCAUUUUGCCACUAAUAGUCGAUCCGAGCACACGCUCGCAGGAAGAAAUCCUUCGCACUUUACUGAAGAAUGCCCGUGACACGUCAGAGUCACCGUCAGAUUUUCCGGAUGAUUCGAGCGAUGAGCGGAUUGUAAGCGACCUAUCCCAUUUUUCGCUCUGCAUUGCCACUCAUCUCCAUUGGUAUCUAACCGCUUCGAAAUCGGAUGGUUGCUGCUCGGAGACGCACCUUUUAGGGGACUUACUUCUAUGUGCUUUUAUUCAACGGUUAAGAGAGUUUAGCGGGAAAUGUGAAUCAUUUCUCGACUUACUGGCGCGUUAUACUUUGGCCAUUUCUGCAAAAGAGCUGCGAAUUAGGGCAGUUAUCCGUCUCUUAUGGAACAGUCCCAUCGCUGAAAUCCGUGACAUAAUUUCUGCGGUUGAUGAAGUUUCGCGUUCUAAUGAAGAGGCCGAAAUAUUCGCAGAUAUUGUUCUUGAGUUUUGGAGCUUUGCUUGGACGCAUGUUCGGGAACAGCUGCGCUCUGGAGUGGGAUCCGUCGAUGAAAAGGACCUCCACAGGCUAGAGUAUUGCCUCGAUCUGCUCAAGGAACUUGGUGAUAACUUUGCUAGCGUCCACGCUUCCAGUUUAAUGCAGGUUAUAAGAGAAUUUUACUCAAAAGAUCAAAUUUCAGCUACGAAAUCGAUGAUACGGAGAGAGCGCGAGAGUGGCCAUCCAAAUAUAAGGCUCCAAGAGGACGCAGAGUGGCAGUGCUGGUGCGCGCUUCUUGAAACAGAGGAUCUCUACCUGCAGUGGACGGACUAUAUGUUCGACCGAGGCCCCACUCGAAGACCCCGAAGACCGCAGAGUGACGACAUCUCCGAGCUUGAAUCGUACGAGAUAUCAUUGCGUGAGUGGCUCAAGGGAGUUGAUGAUCUUGCUCUCCAAGCACUACACAGCUGCUUGAACUUGCUGCAUGCAAUUGCCUAUCUUAUACACGACCGGAAUCUCGAAUCCAGCUCGUCCGAUCUAAGUUUUUGUGUCCGAAUAUGGUGCUCAAAUCUUCUCUCCAACGUCUACGAAAUCUCACAGAACCCAACGGCGUGUCGAGUCUUACCGCGUCGCGCAGACGUUUUUGUGGACUUGAUGAGCUUCAUUCCCCCCGAGACGCUUCGCUUAUUGACGCAAAGAUUAGGUCAUGCUUGGACUGUCGUCAGGACGCGAAAGGAGCUGUCCAUGUAUGAUCAAUGA